AACGUGCCCGUGAUUUAGUUUCCUAUUUUUUUCCGCAAAUUUUGAGUGAAUUUCAAGUGAAAAUGUUCGCCAACGUUGCGAAAGCUUUUUCGAGUGUUUCACUUUGUUCAGCGGCUCGCGUCCUGAAUCAACAAACCCGGAACACCUUCGUACUGAAGCGUCGCAAUCCGCCAACCCUGUACAAGAAGAACCAAAAGCCCGGCAAGCUUCGUGGCAGACACUACGUUUACGACCUGGUGGAAGAUACCACCAUCAAGAAGAAGCCUAAUCUGGAGGUGGUGCUGACCAGUUUCGUCGAGGGAAUCGGUUCCAAAGGGGAUGUCGUAUCGCUGAAACCCCAUGUGGCCUACAACAAACUGCUCCUGCCGGGUUUGGCUGUGUACAAAACACCGGAAGCAGUUGCUCAGUAUGCUAGCGCGAAGGAAGACAAGGAAAAGGAGCUGCACAGUUCGGCGUAUGCUCAGAGAACCGUGAACAAACUGGAGGAAAUCGUACUGGCAGUGGUGAUGAACAAAGAUCACCCAUGGGUCAUUGAACGGUGGCAUAUUAAGGCUUCGCUGAGGAAGGCAGGAUUCUAUGUUCCGGAGGAUGCGAUUACCCUGCCCGAGACGCCCAUUGCCGGACCGGACAUGUUGAAGCAAAACAAGGAAUUUUACUGUACGAUCACGAUCAACAACUUGGAAAAGGCUCGGCUGCGCUGUCGGAUUCAUCAUUGGAGUACGGAACCAAGCGAACGGUUAACAUAUGUUUUCGAACAUUGGAAAAUGCAGGCGGAACCACUUUUCGGUGAUGCCACGGCACCAGAGCCGAAGAAGGAGUGAUCAUACGAUUCAAUGUUAUAGAAAGUACAACAACCC